ACAACCCCGCCACGUGUCUCAUGACACAAACUAAAUUACUGUUUUCAUCAUCAAUAUUAUUAUGAUUAUUUUAGUUAUUAUCAUCACUGUCAAUGUUAUUAUUGCCAUUACUAAUAUUAUCACUAUUAAUACUACUGUCUUCCUCCUUAUCAUCGGCAUCAUCAAUAGUGAGGAGUAGUAGUAGUAGUAGUAGUAGCAGUAGCAGUAGCAGUAGCAGUAGCAGUAGCAGUAGCAGUUGCAGUAGCAGUAGCAAAAGCAGUAGUAAUAGUAGUAGUAGCAGAAUGUUUGUCCAGGGCAACACAAGAUUGAACGCAGACGCAGGGCACCUCAAUUCCUGAAGUGGUCUGUUUAGCAGAGUUGAGGAACAUCUACAGCACUUGUGGGUUCUAACUCGUCAGGACACAAGAAAGUAGAAACAGCGGUGACUUGCAAAUCAAAGUGAAAAUAUUCGUGUCACGUAUCUGUGGGACCUCCUGGCGCCGGACGCCGCAGGCCACGUGUAUAAAGCCACCGCUAGAGCCACACCUUCAGUAAGCAGGUGCACCGCCGUCAUGAAGCUGCUGGUGCUCUUUCUCUUGGCUGUCAUCACAUCCGCAGCCAAAAAAUCAUCCUUCCCCCAGCGAUACGCUGCCCAAGGUGAAGAUUUGAGAUAUGUGCGUCCAAAGUUUACCAAGUCGACCAAGGGUCUGUGCAAUAUUCCGGGCAGUUACAGGGUUCCCCUCCCGAAUGGCACCACUAUUCAUGUGAACUACAUGGCUGACGAAAACGGCUACCAGCAACUGAGAAAAAACUUCCUCGUCUGGCCGAGAAGAUCACGUAUCUUUGGGGUUCAAAUUGAUAUUGGAGGAAUCUCCCUAGCUUGUAAAAUAAAACACGCAAAUAUUCAAUCUGACUAUUUCUUUAAUUGACUCUCUUGACGAUGACAAGGUGACAAUCUUUCCAAGUCUCAGACCGUGACAUUCCUACUGACUCACUCCGCCACUGGCCACCACCAGGAGUCACCACAACACACCCACGACUCAGUCACCACCGAGCUGUAUACACCUGGCUGCCAUCAACCUACACCUGCAGGGAACAAAACACUGACUGAUGGAAGGUUUUAUUAUGGCUCCACAACAUCGAAGUAAUAUGGCGCCUCAACAAAAUUGAACAUGUAUGUAAACAUAUGUAAUUAGCCAAAUAAAUACAGGGAAUUAU